GAAACUGAAGAAAGAAGAGUUCUCCCAAAUCCAGAACAGCACACUACCAGAAGAGAUGAUUCUGAGCACAGCUCAAGAACUCUCCUUUUCCACCUCCAUCUCCAUCUUAAACCCUAAACCCUACCCCGACCCCAAGCCCGGCUCUCACCCAUCCCUCACCCUUCCAAUGCGCAAGGCUCUCUUCUCCUCAUUCUCUCUCCUCCGACCCCUCGCCCUUUCUCCCCACCACCGCCGCCUCCUUCACGCCGCGUCUAUCCUCCGACCGCCGCAGUCCGUCUCCUUUUUUCAUCCAAAACCCCGCCAGGUUUCGCCGCCUCUGUUCGCCUCCACUGCAUCAGUGAACACUUCCGUCGAACGGUUGGCGGGCGAAGCCGCGAGUGCCGUAGUCGCAGAGGAAAUUUGGGAUUUUUGCGCGACCAGAGAAACCGAGGGUUUUGAAUUCGAUGAGUGCUUUGCCUCCACGGACAUGAAGCACUUGGAGUCGCCCUCCCUCGAGGUUAAGGAGCUGGAUGAAUUGCCUGAGCAGUGGCGGCGAAGGAAGUUGGCGUGGCUAUGUAAGGAACUUCCCUUGCACAAGGCCUCGACGUUGACUCGGAUACUCAAUGCGCAGAGGAAGUGGCUUAGGCAAGAAGAUGCGACUUACGUGGCUGUUCAUUGUACGCGGAUUCGCGAGAACGAGGCGGGGUUUAGGGUGUACAAAUGGAUGAUGCAGCAACACUGGUUCCAGUUUGACUUUGCUCUUGCCACCAAGCUGGCAGAUUACAUGGGCAGGGAGCGAAAAUUCUUAAAAUGUAGGGAGAUAUUUGAUGACAUAAUAAAUCAGGGGCGCGUGCCUAAUGAAUCUACAUUUCAUGUUCUGAUUAUUGCCUAUCUUAGUUCCACAGUUCAAGGUUGUGUGGAUGAAGCAUGUAGCAUUUACAACCGUAUGAUUCAGUUAGGAGGUUACCAGCCCCGACUUAGCUUGCACAAUUCCCUCUUUAGAGCUCUUGUCAGUAAACCAGGAGCAUCUUCAAAAUAUUAUCUGAAACAGGCAGAGUUUAUUUUCCACAAUUUGGUAACAUCUGGACUGGAGAUACACAAGGAUGUUUAUGGUGGCUUAAUUUGGUUACACAGCUAUCAGGACACCAUUGAUAAAGAAAGGAUAGCAUCAAUUAGGGAAGAGAUGUGGCGAGUAGGUAUCAAGGAGGGCAGAGAAGUGCUUUUGUCCAUCUUGAGGGCUUGCUCUAGACAGGGGGAUGUGGAGGAAGCAGAAAAAACUUGGCUUAAGCUCCACUCUGACAGUAGCAUCCCUUCACAAGCUUUUGUCUACAAAAUGGAAGUCUACUCAAAAGUUGGAGAGCCCAUGAAAUCUUUGGAGAUAUUUAGGGAGAUGCAGGAGCAUUUGGGUUCCACUAAUGUUGUGGCAUAUCAUAAAAUAAUUGAGGUGCUAUCGAAAGCUCAAGAAAUGGAACUUGCCGAGUCACUUAUGACAGAGUUCAUAAACAGUGGUAUGAAGCCCCUGGUUCGAAGCUUUAUUGAUCUGAUGAAUAUGUACUUCAAUUUAGGCUUUCAUGACAAAGUGGAGUCAACAUUCAUCCAUUGCCUUGAUAAGUGUAGUCUCAAUCGGACUGUUUACAGCAUCUACUUGGAGUCUUUGGUGAAAAGUGGUAAUCUUGAUAGGGCAGAAGAUAUCUUCAACCAAAUGGUUACUAAUGGCGCAAUUGGUGUCAACUCUCGACCAUGCAACACCAUUCUAAGUGGAUAUCUCACUUCUGGGGAUUAUGUGAAGGCAGAAAAGAUAUAUGAUUUGAUGUGCCAGAAGAAAUAUGACAUAGAAUCCCCUUUGAUGCAAAAGAUUGACUAUGUGCUGAGCUUGAGCAGGAAAGUUGUAAAGAAACCCAUUAGUUUGAAGCUAAGAAAAGAACAACGAGAGGCUUUGGUGGGUUUGUUGUUAGGGGGUUUACAGAUGGAAUCAGAUGAAGAGAGAAAGAUGCACACCAUCCAUUUUGAGUUCAAUGAAAAUUCCCCUGCACAUUCUAUUUUGAGGAGACAUAUUCAUAAUGAGUACCAUGAGUGGUUAAAUUCUUUUAGUAGGGUGAGUGAUGGCAAUGAUGACAUACCGUAUAAGUUUUCUACCAUCUCGCACUCUUACUUUGGUUUUUAUGCGGACCAGUUCUGGCCAAGUGGCAAACCCAUGAUUCCAAAGUUAAUACAUCGGUGGAUGUCACCACGGGUUCUUGCAUACUGGUAUAUGUAUGGAGGCCACAGAUCAUCAUCAGGUGAUAUCUUGUUGAAGCUAAAAGGAAGUCGUGAAGGUGCUGAGAGGGUCAUCAAAACAUUGAAAGCAAAAUCUUUGGAUUUCAGGGUAAAGAGGAAAGGCAGAGUGUUCUGGAUAGGCUUUUUGGGAAGCAAUUCUACUUGGUUUUGGAAACUGACAGAACCUUAUAUUCUGGAUGACUUGAAAGAUCUUUUAAGAGCAGGUGAUCAAACCUUUGAGGAUGGAAUGGCAGGAGCCCAAGACAUUAGCUUUGAUAGUGGGUAUGAUUCUGAUGAGACGGCUUCUAAUCACAGUGAUCAUGAUAAUUUGUAGGAUGUCGAUUAGUUAUUGUAAUCUUAUCAUAAUAUGGUUUAUUACUUCCAUUUUUUUUUUUACAUGGAUUUGUUCAUAAGCUGUCAAAGCUGAACAAGAGUGUGCCAGAUCUACUUGGUUCCUUAGGCCCCAAGGCUUCUCAACCAGUUCACAUGAUCUUGUCUUGUAAAUUUCUCUGUGCAUGUACAUAUUGAGCUUGUGUUCUGGUUUAACUAAUAGAUGGAAAAUCCCUAUGUUAUUAUACCAGUGAGUUACUUGUAUUAUGAUUCUCAAACGGAGAAUCAUUAUAAUUUGUUUCUGUAUUUUAUAUUGAGCUAUAUAUUUAUCUAUAUUGAAAUAUUUUGAUUUUUUUUUUAAAUUCUGCUU